AUGACCGUUCCCAGGAAUCGACCAAUGGCACCAUUUGGCACCAUCAUCAAAUCAAGGAUAAAACAACCACAGUUUUACUGGUUUAUAGGCCAUUUUUUCACAAUCUUUAAUUUUAUACAAUUUCAUCUUUCAAUCGCGUCUAAACAAAAUCAAUUGUCAUGCUAUAGGAGGUCAUUAUUUUAUAUAUCCAUUACAUAUGCUAUUGUGCUCUAUCAGUUCUUCAAAAGCGACCAGUUGAAAUUCAAUUUUAAGCUUUUGCGACAAGAGAUCAAAAAAUUGGAUAAUUUGCAGUAUUUUUCCAUGCUAUUCAUACUUUUUAUCCUAUCACAGUUCAACAUCAUAAUCAGUGGUUCCUUAUACAGUCCCGUUAUCUUUUCAAUUUUCCACUUUCUCAAUUACUUCAAGGAGAACCUUUUGCCAUUUCUACCUUUGAUACCACUUAGUUUGAAGAAUUUGUUGAACUCUAAGAUAACAGUAUUCAUUCAGAAUUACAAUGGUUUUUUCCUACAGAUGGCUCAAGUUUUUGAAAUCAUUUGCGGGUUGCGUGUAGGUCUUUUCCUAGUGCCCUUUAACAUUUUCUUGUUAUUGAUAAGGAGAGCAAACGUUUCGUUCGAGGUGGUCGGUACAACGUUGGCCGGUUUAACGUAUAUGUGGUUCUUCAAAUUGCGGUACCUACAAAGUGAAUCUAUGAGGCAGAUAUUCAAACAAUACGUCCUCAGAUUGGAUGGAUACGUCAGCCGCACUUUGCCACCAUCCUGUGCCCGUCUAUGGAACGGCUAUAAGAAUUUCGUCAUGGCAGUGUUUUGUAAAAUACCUGUAUAA